AAAUGAAUCGGUACCAAAAGAUACAGUGAUGCUUGCUGCACAGUUUAAUAAGCACUUUCCUAGGCUUGCGACUCAAACGUGGCUCAGGCUACAGACCUUCAAAAGGACAGAAGAAAAUUUUGGUCUUGGUUCAUUCUACCAUCCCUUCUAUGAUUUCCCUACGUACGAUGAGCUCACUUGCGAUGAGAAAAUGGCAUCGGAAGUCGUGGAAAAGAACUUCCACUCACCCAAAGAUGAAUCCGAAAGGGCAGCCAGUAUGGAAGUUUCACUAUCCGACGAAGGUUAUUGCGAAGAAUUUGUUAUCGAGAAAUUUCCGAAACCAAAUGAAAAGGAGCUUCCAGUAGCUCAACCGAUUCAAAACUUCCUCGAAAAAUAUGUGCAUAAAUGGGAAAUUGCCAAGAAAAGCCACACAAGGAAAAUGAAGCAUCCAGUAAUAGAUGAUAUCGGAACAACCGCCAUGCAUCUAGCUUGUUACUCCGACGACUUCUACGAAUCGGCGACAAAGUUAAUGGAAUUUGGUUUUGAUCCAAACACUCCUGACAAAAAUGGAUUCGUUCCUCUGCACGUUGCUGCUCUGACCAAUUCCAUUGAGAUAGCUAAAUUGCUCAUCGAGAACCAUGCCACUAUUGACGUGUGCGACCUGAACGAAUUGAGAACACCUCUUUUCUUGGCUGCCAUCGCCAACUGCUUCGUGAUGUUGAAACUCUUGAUCAAGAAGCACGCUAAAAUUAAUCAAGUGGAUGCGUUCUGGACUAAGCCCACUACAUAUUGCAGUAGCUAGCAAUGCUAACGACUCGUAUAAAGUAGCCGAACUUCUUCUAAAAAAACAUGGCGGAUGUUGAUGCAAGAGAUG